AUGCAAACAAUUUUCGUUCUUUUCACAUUAGCUGUGAUUGCUAAUGUUCAAGGUGACUAUAAUAAACUUGAAUAUCAAGUUUUAUCUUCAAGUGGUGCUGAAAUUCUCGAAGCUGAUGUCACACCCAUGCCAAUUCUAAAUCCUGGAGAAGCACUUCUCACUCUUCGCGCUAAUCUUAAGAGACCAAUUCAAAAAAUUCGAACUGUCCUUAAAAUUGUCCGUACAGUCAGCGGUAUCACUCUUCCAGUCAAAUGCUACAAAAUCGAUGGUGUAGAAGUCGGCUCAUGCGAUUACGCUGAUUUAUGUGUUGUACUUCAAACAAUGUUACCGUCAUUUAGACCAGAAACUUGUCCACCAACAGCUGCUAACUAUGGUGUUGACUGUAAUUGUCCAUUCAACAUUCCUGCUGGCUCAUUGAACAUCAUCAAAGAAAAAAUGGUCUUACCAGAUGCCCAAGCCAGUAUCGCCAGUUUUAUGGCUUCAGGAGAUUUCUCUUUUCAAUUGGAUACUUAUGAUUCACAAGGAUCCUAUGCGAAUAUUAUUAUCAAAUUCACCGUUAAACCAGCUAAACCAUCCGGUUAA